CACGUCGAGGCAGCGCGGCCGCCGUGCACUUCCCGCCGCCGCGUCCCCGAGGCCGCGCCAUGCGGUGAGCGCCCCCGGCCCUACCAGACCCGACCCGACCGGACGCGCGGCCCCGCCGACACCCGGGACCCGCCGACACCCCGGGACCCGCCGACACCCCGAGAUCCGCCAUCACCGCAGGACCCUCCGUCCUUCAAGAUGCCCAGAGGCUGCGCCCUCCUGCUCGUCUCUCUGCUCCUCGCCGUGGCCCUUUCAGCCACCCUGGGGAACGGGUCACCGGAGAAGGAAAAGAGAGGCUGGACCCUGAACAGCGCUGGCUACCUUCUUGGUCCACAUGCCAUUGACAACCACAGGUCCUUUCAGGACAAGCAUGGCCUGGCUGGCAAGCGGGAACUCCACCCCGAUGACGAAACAAGGCCAGGGAGCUUUGACAGGCCGCUGUCAGAGAACAACGUUGUGCGCACGAUAAUAGACUUUCUAAAUUUCUUGCAUCUCAAAGAGGCCGGGGCCCUGGAGCGCCUGCCCGGUCUCCCCGCAGCGCUGUCCGCAGAAGACAUGGAGCAGUCCUGAGGUGGCCCCCCGGGCACCUUCGUCUGUGCCUUGUCAUCUGAAGUCAAGCUCGAAGUCUCAUGCGAUGUCUGCGGAGUAAACCACCCCGUCCUCUCUGCCCUGGUGCCG